AAAAAGGACAUGCUAAUCCAUGUUCAAAAUCACAACUUGAAAGUCAGCUGGUCCAAUCUUAUAUUUACAUUUUAAGUGCUGUGGCCUACACGCUUAUAUUUGGUUGCUAAUGGCAACUUCGAAUCACCUUCCCAAGUCAAAUGCAUGGCUGUUUCUAUAUUCUCCAGUGAACCAUCGUAAUCUUAGUUGGAGUGCUGGGUUCGUUCCACUAUUCCAUGUUCAGAUGAUAAGUACAGAGCCAGAACAAAGACUUGGAAAUUGAAUGUUUACGGCAUGGAAAUAUUUGCCUUUCUCCCAGCUAUAAGAGAGUUCAUCUAAACUUCCAAACCAAGCCCAACUUACAUUACUCGAAAUUCGUAGCAGCUAUAAGCAUGUCAAAUCACCGUAAUCCCUGUCUUGUUCUCUUCCAUGCUGUUUUGCUUUCUCUACUUCCAUUGAAGAUCACGUGUUCAGCAAGAACGCAAGCAGAAGCACUCGUCCAAUGGAAGAACAGCUUGUCUUUUUCGCCACCUUCUCUCAACUCUUGGUCCUUGUCCAAUCUCAACAACCUCUGCAACUGGACUUCCAUUACCUGCGAUGGCACUGGAACAGUCUCCGAAAUCAACCUCUCCAAUGCAAACAUGUCUGGUUCCAUCGCCCAACUCAACUUCACUCCAUUUGCCAAUCUCACGCGCCUUGACCUCAUCAAUAGCGGUAUGGAAGGGCCAAUACCGUCCGCAAUUGGUACUCUGUCCAAACUCCUCGUCUUGGACUUGAGCAACAAUUCUUUUGAAGGAAACAUACCAUCGGAGAUAGGUCGUCUAACGGAGCUUCAAUAUCUGAGUCUAUUCAACAACAAUCUCAACGGUACCAUCCCUUCUCAAGUUAGCAAUCUCCAAAAACUAAGGUACCUCGACCUUGGAUUCAACUAUUUUGUUUCUAUUGACUGGUCGGAUUUCUCGGUCAUGCCUUUGUUGACACAUCUAAGCUUAGAUUACAAUGAAUUUGAUCGAUUGGAAUUCCCUCAAUUUAUACUCAACUACCGUAAUCUUACAUCCCUAGACUUGUCACUGAAUAAGUUGACUGGUCCAAUACCGGAAUCAUUGUACACCAAUCUGAGCAAGCUUGAGUAUCUUAAUCUCACUAGCAAUGUCUUUGAGGGACCAUUGUCAUCGAACAUUUCCAAGCUUUCCCAACUCAUAGAUCUCCGACUAGGAACCAAUCAGUUAACCGGUUCAAUUCCUGAGAGUAUAGGAACCAUGUCUAAUCUUGAAACUGUUGAGUUGUUUGAAAAUUCGUUUGAAGGGAAAAUUCCAUCUUCUUUUAGCCAACUAAGAAAGCUCAAGAAACUUGAUCUCCACUCGAGUGGCUUAAAUUCUACAAUCCCAUCCGAGCUUGGUUCCUGUACUAAUCUGACCUUUUUGGCUUUAGCUGGGAAUCAAAUGAGUGGGAAGUUGCCUAUGUCCUUGUCAAAACUCACAAAAAUAAUUGAGUUGGGUUUAUCUGAUAAUUCUUUUGACGGUGAGAUCCCGCCAUCUCUCAUUUCUAAUUGGACCAACUUGAUCUCUUUGCAACUUCAAAACAAUUUAUUCACGGGAAGGAUUCCACCAGAAAUAGGCCUAUUGACAAAGCUCCACCUCCUCUUUCUCUAUGGUAAUAAACUCUCUGGCUCAAUUCCUUCAGAGAUUGGAAACUUGAAGUCCAUGAUUACUCUCGACCUUUCAGGAAAUCAGCUUUCGGGUCCAAUUCCUCGUACUGUAUGGAGUCUUUCAAACCUUGCACGUUUACAACUUUUCUAUAAUGAGCUUAGUGGCACAAUUCCACCAGAGGUUGGAAACAUGACCUCUUUGGAGUCUCUUGAUCUCAACACAAAUCUCUUGCAUGGGGAAUUACCAGACUCAAUUUCUAGCCUCACUAACCUGAAAUCCAUCUCCCUGUUCACCAAUAGCUUCUCAGGUAGCAUUCCUCGGGAUUUUGGAAAAUAUAGCCCUCAUUUGGUUUAUGUUAGCUUUUCGAACAAUAGUUUCUCUGGAGAAUUGCCCCCUGAAUUAUGCAGUGGCUUUAAUCUUCAAAAUCUCACGGUAAAUGGGAACAACUUCACUGGGUCAUUGCCAGCUUGCUUGAGGAGCUGUAGACAGCUAUUAAGAGUCCGGUUUGAUGGGAAUCAAUUUACGGGUAACAUCACCAAUGCAUUUGGGGUUCAUCCUUCUCUUGACUUUAUUACUCUUAGUGACAAUCAAUUUACUGGUGAAAUCUCUCCAAAUUGGGGAGAGUGCCAAAAUCUCACCAAUCUAGAAAUGGACAACAACAAAAUUUCAGCUGAAAUCCCUACUGAGCUUGGGAAGUUGAGUCGGUUGGGUGUCCUAAACUUGGCGGCCAAUGAGUUGACAGGGGAUAUUCCUUUCGAAUUGCGAAAUUUGAGCAUGUUGUUCAACCUCAAUUUGAGCCAGAAUCAUCUCAUAGGUGAGAUCCCUUAUAUUGUUGGCAACUUAGAAAGGUUAGAGUACCUUGAUUUGUCGAGGAACAAAUUGACAGGAGUAAUACCACAAGAUCUUGAGAAGUGUGAAAAAUUACUGAGCUUGAACUUGAGUCAUAACAAUUUAUCUGGUGAAAUUCCACGUGAGCUAGGUAGCUUGUCGGGUUUGCAGUACUUAUUAGAUCUUAGUAGCAAUUCACUCUCAGGCACAAUCCCUCGAGACCUAGGGAAGCUUGCGUCAUUGGAGAUUCUUAAUGUUUCACAUAACCAUCUCUCAGGAAGAAUCCCAACUUUGUCCAACAUGAUUAGUCUUCGUUCAUUUGAUUUUUCCUACAAUGAGUUAACUGGCCCUAUCCCAAAUGAUAGAGUAUUCCAAAAUGCUUCUGGAAAUGCUUUUGUUGGAAACUCAGGUUUGUGCGGAGAUGUUGAAGGAUUGACUUCUUGCACUUUUAAUCUUCCAAAGAGCAAGUCCAAUAACAAGAAGAUUCUUAUUGCUAUCAUUGUUCCUAUCUGUGGCAUAUUAAUUCUAGCCACUAUUGCUGCUGGAGUGUUAAAAUAUCACCAGCAAAGCAAAUUGCUUGAUGAGGAGACUAAAGGUAGUAAAAGGACUGAUGUUUUUGAGUCAACCAUUUGGGAAAGAGAAGGAAAAUUUACAUUUGGUGACAUUGCCAAAGCCACAGAAUGCUUUAAUGACAAGUACUGCAUUGGAAGAGGAGGAUUUGGGACCGUUUACAGAGCGGUGUUGCCCACAGGUCAAGUAGUUGCAGUUAAAAAACUCAAUUUGUCAGAUUCUAGUGACAUUCAAGCAACAAAUCGCAAGAGUUUUGAGAAUGAGAUUCAAAUGUUGACAGAAAUUAGGCAUCGAAAUAUCAUAAAGUUGUACGGGUAUUGUUCUAGAGAAGGGUGCAUGUACUUGGUCUAUGAAUAUGUGGAAAGAGGUAGUUUGGGAAAUGUAUUGUAUGGAGCACAAAGGGGAGUGGGGCUAGGAUGGGCUACAAGGGUGAGAAUUGUGCAAGGAUUGGCUCAUGCAAUUUCUUACUUGCAUCAUGAUUGCUCUCCACCUAUUAUACACCGAGACAUAUCUUUGAAUAACGUUCUUCUUGAGGAAGAAUUUGAGCCAAGACUCUCGGAUUUUGGCACUGCAAGGUUGUUGAAUCCGGAUUCAUUGAACUGGACCACGGUUGCGGGGUCUUAUGGGUAUAUGGCACCAGAGCUUGCACUCACAAUGCAGAUCACAGCUAAAUGUGAUGUUUACAGCUUUGGAGUAGUGGCAUUAGAGAUUAUGAUGGGAAAACACCCAGGCGAGCUCUUGAAUUCCUUGUCAUCGGUGACGUUGUUAUCCAACAAUAAAGAAUUGCUUUUGAAGGAUCUGUUAGACCAACGGCUUCCACCUCCUAUGGACCAAAUAGCAGAGGAGGUUGUAUUUGUUGUCACCAUGGGCCUAGCAUGCACACGCUCCAAACCGGAGGCACGACCGACCAUGCGUUUUGUGGCACAAGAAUUAUCAGCAAGAACGCAGGCAUGCUUGGUCGAGCCACUGGGAACAAUAACCAUUAGCAAGCUAACUAGCUUUCAGAAAUAGAACAAAAUUGAAAUGAUAGGUAGGUUUUAACCUGGAGAGGUAAAGAAUAAGUUUUUAUUACAUUUUUGUUACAUAGAAAGCAAAUGUGCUUAUGCCUUGUAUCAUAUUUUCAUUGUCUUACAGAGUGUUAGUAUUGCAGCCCACAUAACCGAUAAGAAGAUCGGAUUUCAAAUGAUCAAAAGGUAAUUGGUUGUAGAACAAUCCGGACCGAGGAUCAAUGUUCUCUAACUAUACAUUUUCAACAUACUUCAUCUACCAAUAACGAAAUUGCAAAAGCAAUAUUCAACAUUUUUGUACAUAACCCCCUUUCUUUUUCUAUUGUGGAAACUUUCGUCCUUGUAGCUUUCUUCGUGGAAUACAUACUAAAGAAUAGAUGGUGAUUGGUGGGGUAAGAGUCAGUAUCACCUUUAUUAUUAUUAUUUUAUUUCUGUAGUAUGAAAUUGACUUUUGACUGAAUGGGAACAUUGGUUCCUACAAUAUAUCGUCCACUUGCCUUCUGGGUGUGCUAUGCCUAUGAUUGACCAACCAAAAUGACGAUACCAGGAAGGUGCAAACAUCUUUGUUAAAGCAACUAUUUAUGGGGAUGGGGGCCAAAGGAAGAGAAUUUCAUCCAUCAAUGCCUAAACUAAAACCCAGUCAGGCUCAUCAAUGCCUGGUUUCAUCAUUUUGAUAUGAAAUAAUUAAUCUAAUAGCUAAGAAACGUAAUAUGAAAAAUUUAUUAAUGAUCAGUUGUCAGAGGAAGGGGAGCUUCUUGCCUAGCCUA